AUGGCUCUUAGCGGUAUUGAACUUCCUGUGAUGCAAUGGGACGGCGAAAAUCUCAAGGAAAAUUGGCGACGUUUUAAACAACAUGUCGAAUUAAUGUUCUCUGGACCGCUGAGAUCAAAAAACGAAGCGGAGAAAUGCAGCUACCUACUCAUCUGGGUAGGGCAAAAAGGCAGGGAUAUAUACAACACAUGGUCGGAUAUCUCAGAAACAAACAGAGGUAAAUUAAAAACAUAUUAUGAUCGAUUCGAAAAGCAUGUCAAUCCGAAAGCAAACCCCGUCUUUGCCAGAUAUAAGUUUCAUAACAAAAUACAAGGCCCCACCGAGCCAGUAGAGGAAUUCACAACAGAGUUACAACUCCUAGCCCAAGAUUGUGAGUUCCACGACCAAAAUGAAAUGGUUAGAGACCGAAUUGUGUUUGGGACAAAUUCAAACAAAGUGAGGGAAAAACUUAUAAUGGAAGGGGCAGAACUCACGCUAGAAAAAGCUAUACAAAUCGCAAGAACCUAUGAAAAACCCAAGCCCAACUCAAAAGCAUGUCUCCUGAAAACAAGGAAGAAAGCAUUCACUUAG